AUGGCUGGAGUGACCCCGCCCUCCUCCGAACGCCGCGGAGGCGCCAUGUUCAGCUCUGACCGCAGCAAUGUUGAUGCUGGAGAGGAUGUGAUGGACCUGGAGCUCCUCCUGGAUCUGGUCCAGAACCCUUUUCUUUCCCACUCUUCUCCUCUGGAGGUAAAAGGAGAGGAAAGGCAGCGAUUGGACGAAAACCGGAACCAAGAUGGAGCUCUGUGGACACGUGGACAGUUGGACAGACGAUGGGCGCUUUGGCACGAGUUCAUGAAGGAACACGCCCACCUGGAUGCAUGGCUGCGAUUGGCUGAGCAGGCCGUCACUUCUCUGGACUCCGCCCACAUCAGCUACAGCACAGCCAAGGAGGAGCUGAAGAAGGUUGAGAGGUUGCGGUGCGAGGCGGGAUCUCAGCUCAUCCAGUUGGACAGCCUGACCCGCAGGAACCGGACCCUAACCCGGCUCUUCCAGGGCACCAUGCAGACCCGGCUGCUGGCGUCGGCGCAGGGAUGUGAUCAAAGAUGGGACGGCGUAAACGCCAAACUGGACGCCAUCGCAGGACGGCUGCAGGUUCUCAAUCCUUCCCCCAAACAUCAACUUUAA